UCCUAUGCAGUUGGUCCCCUUGACAGUUGUCAUUAGCUGCCUGGCUGUUCAAGGUGAUCCUCAGGUUUCUCCGAGGAGUGAAGGACAUUGUUGCUUAAGAAGGAAGUUCACCUGUUUCUACGUUGGCCCACCUCAGUCUCCCUACCAGCAUGCCCACCUUAUCUCUGCCUUAUAAAUAGGGAAUAAGAGAUAACACAUACAUCACACUGGAGCCACAUCCGGGGAGUAAGUUUUAGCUUAAAUUACUGUAAAAGAGAAUGAGACAGGGACAAACAAGACAUUAGCACUAACCUGAAAGUGCCUCAAAAUCUUUGGGGAGGGACAGAAAGGAGAGAAGAGAAACACAUAUUACUGUUGGAAUCUGAAAGCGAGGGAAGGAAUAAGAGAAGUAAAAAGUAGAGUUGAGUGAAGGUAAGAAAAGGCCGGCUCUUGGUUCUGGUCACCACAGAGCUUCAUCAUGGCCGCCUUGAAGGAGAAGAGGACUUGCGGGCAACGAUGUGAAGACUUUGGCCGAUUUGUCUGGAACUCUGAUGAUGGGACGUUAAUGGGGAGAACACCAGAGAAAUGGGUGUACAUCAGUCUGUAUUAUGUGGCCUUCUACGUGGUGAUGACGGCCCUCUUUUGUCUGGCCAUCUGGUCGCUCAUGUACACCUUGGAUCCGCACACCCCGGACUACCAAGACCGGCUAAAAUCUCCGGGGGUGAUGGUGUGGCCUGACACUUACGGGGAGGAAACUGUUGAAAUCUUCUACAACACAUCUGAUAAGGCCAGCGGGAUGAAGAUGGCCAACAUCCUUCAUGAGUUCCUGAAGCCCUACAAUGACACCAAGCAGCUUGAAUGUAACAACUAUAACUGCACAAAGGGAAAGUACUUCAUCCAGAACACGUUCUCUGCCCCUCACCACACCAAGUGGUCAUGCCCUUUCACGCAAAGCAUGCUGGGAGCCUGCUCAGGAUUUGAGGACCCAACCUUUGGCUACAACUGCAGCAUGCCUUGUGUCCUCAUUAAGAUGAACAGGAUUAUCAACUUUUUGCCUACUAAUAGCACUGAUCACCCAGCUUAUGUCAACUGCACUGUACUGGACGGACAAGAAAAUGUGGCCAAAAUCGAAUAUUUCCCUGACAGGGGAGUUAUGGAUCCCUCCUACUUCCCUUACUACGGAAAACUGGCACAGCCUACUUAUGUCAACCCGUUGGUGGCUGUUCGGUUCAGCCUGGUCGGAGAGAAGAAAGCCAAGAUCCAGUGCAGAGUGGUCUCCCACAAGAUCAGCUACGAAAACUUCCAUGACCCGUACGAGGGAAAAGUCAUCUUCUCCCUCAAAGCAGUAAAAUGAGAAGCAGAAGAGAAGAGACAUCCAGUAAUCAUGCAACACGUAACAUGUCAGUAUCAAAGAUAGAGCAGGUGUCUACAGAUCAAUAGUGACUACUAUUCAACAACCUUUAAACCACUUGUAUUCAACAGUACAG